AUCUGUAUAUAUAUUAUCUAUUGUCUUUUUGCAUUCCUGUGGUUUGAUUUUGGUGAUCUCCGAUCUUUCGUUGUACACAACAAUAAGUUUCCUUAUCGAUUUGUUUAUAUCUUACAUUGCAACAUGUCGACACUUGGACGUACAUUGAAAAACUUAGCCAAAGUUGGACCUUCCAGCUAUAUUCGACAAAUGGAUACUAUUGGUGAUACUAAAUGGGGUCGUCUCGUUGGCGUAGAUGUGAAUGGCAACAAAUACUUUGAAAACAACGAUGAAAUCUCUGGACGUGAACGUUGGGUGGAAUAUGCCAGUAUUGUUCAACCUGAUAGUGGAGAUAUUACUCCUGAAUGGCACGGCUGGCUUGGAAAGUUUGUACAAGAACCUCCUACUGAACAAAACUUUUUGCCCAAAAAAUGGUGGGGUGAACCUACUCCUAACUUCUCUGGUACUCCCAAGGCAUUCAAGACAUACAAUACCACUAGACCCAAGGUCAACGCAUGGGAACCUAUUGUGAAGGCUAGAGUUUGAAUGAAUGAAUACAGUGUAGUUUUUUUUUUUUGUGAUGAAAUGUUAUUAUUAUUUUCACUAAUAAAGAAUAUAAAAUAGAAAUAUA